CUUCGGUCUGUAGAUUUUAGAAAUUACCUCAAUGGUUUUAAAACAUCUAACAUAAACUGCUUUUAAGGCUGCUGGCACACUUACAAAAAUGUGGAUUAAUAUGUGUUGUCCUUAUAAAUAAAUAAAUAAAAUUAAGCUUCUGUUGAAUUUUGUGUGCUGUGACAAUCAGAAUGUGAGAAAUAUUUUUUUAUUUGCAUCCCUCCGAAUAUGGUACCAACGCAGUGAUGAAACACGGAAGAAGUAUUCAUCACUUUUACUAAAGUAAAAGUAGCCGCUCCGCAACUUAAAGACAGUGUCUUGUAUUGUUGGUUUCAUAUUGUGGAUACAACAUUAAAAUAGAGCUUCCAUGUGAAUGUAUCAGGUAGAAGUGGGGCUAAGUUGAAUCUUUUAAAAAAGUUAAUUAAUGGGAAGGUUAAUUAUUAACUGUACAUCAUAUUUUGUAAGCCAGUCAUACAUUUUGGAUGUAAAAGAUUACACAUGUAACUGCAGCUGUCAAAGCAACGUGGUGGUAUGAAAAGUACAAGAAUUCUCUAAAGUAAAACACAAUGAAAAUACUAAACGAGCUAAUACCAAUACGAGCGCCCUCUGCAGGCCGGAAUGUGCACAAAGUUUCAUUCAAUAACGCCAAACUGGUCAGUGCAGCAGAGUUUAUUACCAGUUCCGCGUGAGACUCAUCUUACAGGUGAGUAGCGACCGUUUCUGAUGAGAAAUCUCGGCAGCCAGUGCACAGUCUGACAUGUCGCCUUUUAAACUCACCAAAAACUACCGAUUACGAUCACAUCACAGGACAGGCGUUACAUCGUGACGAGACUCAGCUGACCCUGUGGAUUCUGUGGUCAAGGAGUUUCAGCUUCGCACCUUCUGAUCAUUAGUUUGUGAAGAGAUGUCCUCCCAAGUCAGACUGAUGCUGCUGCCGAGCGCCAGAUGUUUGUUCGAUGAGCCUGUCCAGGUGAAGGUGGCCGGGCUGAGGUCCAGACAGGUGGUCACCAUGAGAGCCAGAUCAACAGACGACAAGGGGGUGGUGUUCAGCUCCUCGGCCACCUACAAGGCUGAUGGGAGCGGGGAGAUCCACCUGGACAGAGACCCCUCACUCGGCGGGAGCUACGUCGGGGUUGAACCCAUGGGUUUGCUGUGGUCGUUGAAGGCAGACGCUUUGCAUCGAUACUUUUUCAAGAACAACGCGCUAAUACCCCAUGUGGUGAAUUUCUCUGUUCACGAGGAGGAUGGGGAGGGCAGGAUGCUGGCCGAGGUGACCAAUGAGAGGUUUCUGAUUGGAGACGGGGUGAGUCGGCUUCCUAUCAAAGAGGGGAAUAUUCGUGGAGUCCUGUUUACCCCACCAGGAGAAGGUCCAUUUCCAGGCGUGUUGGAUCUGUGCACCUUCAUGUCAGAGAAGAGAGCCUGUCUGCUGGCCAACCGAGGCUUUGUGGUUCUGGCUCUCGCUGUCUACACUGAAAAACCCGAUAACGUCAAAGAGAUGCAUCUGGACUACUUUAAAGAGGCAGUGGAUUUCUUACAACGACAACCGAAAGUCGGAAGUAAAGGCGUCGGCAUAAUAUCGCGAUCAAAGGGAGGAGAUAUUGCUCUUUCACUUGCUGCUUUUGUGCCAGGUGUUGAGGCCACAGUGUGGAUCAACGGCUGCAGUGGCAACGUUGCCGUUCCUCUCUACUAUAAGAAACGCCAGAUCCUUUCACCUUUAGUGAUCGACUCCGGCAAGGUGAUUCCCACUGAGUCAGGAGCCAGCAUUAUCAAGUAUGCUGUUCAAGAUCCGUUGGCAGAGGAGAACAAGGGCGCCCUGGUCCCCAUUGAAGAGGCCAAGGGGCGUUUCCUCUUUGUGGCUUCGGAGGACGACCUCAACUGGGACAGCAAGGGUUAUAUGGAUGAGAUGGUGGAGAGACUGAAGCGUCACGGGAAGGACAACUUCGAGACUGUGUCCUACCCUGCAGCAGGACACAUCCUGGAGCCACCGUACGGACCCCACUGCCCCUCGGCCUUGCACGGUCUUCUUAGUUAUCCAGUUGUGUGGGGAGGUGAGCCCAAGGCCCACGCAGCAGCUGAAGUCCACAUGUGGAACAAGAUCCAAGAGUUCUUAAGAGAUCAUCUGAGAUGUGACGCUACGUGGAAUAAAGCCAAUUUAUAAAUGCAUCAUGGCUGCCAACUAAGCUAAGAAAAGAAACUGGAUGUUUUGAAAUGAACAAUCCAGUGUUUGAUUGUUCAUGAAAUAUAUCAUGUUUCCAGGUAACAUAUUUUUAAUUCGUUGGGAAUCUGAUGCCUCUGCAGCUUAUGCAGAUAGAGAGAUAGAUGACUUUAUUCAUCCCCGAGGGGAAAUUAGGUUGUCAUAGCAGUCCAGUAUAUUUGAAUACAAUAAAACACUAUGACACGAAAUACUGAGUAUAAAAGUAGAAUAGAGAAAAGGAUUAAAUACACUAAAGGACAGUUGUGUGAAAAUAAAUAACAGUGAAACAGUAUCAGUAUAUAAAAUGUUUCGGAGUGUAAAAGGUGACAGGUGGAUUUAGUCCAGGUGUGUAAUCGUGGCUCUGACAGAGGUAGAUGAGUUGUAAAGUCCGAUGGCAGUAGGUAGGAACGAUUUCCUGUAUCGUUCCUUAGAGCAGCGGGGUUGAACGAGUCUGUUACUGAAGCUGCUCUUCAGCUCGUCCAGUGCUUUGUGGAGGGGCUGAGAGGGACUGUCCGUCAGUGCCAGCAGUUUAGCCACCAUCCUCUCCUCCACCACCUCCUCCAGGGUGCCAAGUCUACAGCCAACAACAGACUCUGCCUUUCUGAUCAGUCUGUUGGCAUCCUUUGCCUUGAUGCUGCACUCCAGGACGCCGCAGCAAAGAAGAUGGUGCUCGCCACAACAGACUGAUAAAACAUCUGCAGCAUCUUGUUGCAGACAUGAAAGGACCUGAGCCUCCUCAAGAAGUAAAGCCGGCUCAUUCCCUUCUUAUAGACGGCCUCUGUAUUGGUGGACCAGUCCAGUUUAUUGUCCAGUGUUACACCCAGGUACUUGUAUGAGUCCACUAAAUCCACAUCCGUCCCCCUGAUGCAGACGGGAGAGGGCAGGGGCUUGUUCCUCCUGAAGUCCACCACCAUCUCCUUCGUCUUUGCCACGUUCAGCUGCAGGUGGUUCUCCCCACUGACUUCAGGUGGUCAGAUUUUGCCAUUAAUGACAGCUAAUUAUUUUGUUCUUUUUCCCACUGUUUUGUUACUGUAGUUUUUUUUUUGCUUGGAUUUCAACCAUUUUGUGAGCACAUCCUCUACAUUGUUUCUAUCAUGUUCA